AUGGCCGCCAUGUUUAGCCAAAACCCGGUCAUGAAUGGCCCCAACUACUCCUUUUCGGAUGCUCCCAGGACGAAUGGAGAGCCUCGCGAGCAUCGCUUCAAUCCUUACACCGACAAUGGCGGUUCCACGCUAGGUAUCGCUGGUGCCGACUUCACCAUCAUGGCCGGAGAUACCAGACACACCAGCGGCUAUAGCAUCAACUCCCGAAUGGCGCCCAAAGUUUUCAAGAUUGGUGGUUCAACCUCAUCGCAGGAUGAUGCAACCAUUGUACUCUCUGUUUGUGGAUUCGCUGCCGAUGGCACCGCCUUGAGAGACCAGCUCGACACCAUCUGCAAGAUCUAUCGCUACCGGCACGGCAAGCCUAUGACGCUGAAUGCCUGCGCCAAGCGGUUGUCCACAAUUCUAUACCAGAAGCGGUUCUUCCCAUACUAUGUGACAGCCAUGUUAGGCGGCCUGGAUGAAGAGGGAAAGGGUGCUGUGUAUUCGUACGAUCCUGUCGGUAGCUACGAACGAGAGCAGUGCCGAGCCGGUGGUGCUGCGGGAAGCUUGAUUAUGCCUUUCCUUGAUAACCAGGUCAACUUCAAGAAUCAGUAUGUCCCCGGAAGUGGUGAAGGCCACAAUCUGCAAGAGAGAGAGCGCCAUCCCCUGUCUAGAGCUCAAGUCGAGACCAUUAUCAAGGAUGCCUUUGAUGGCGCGGUGGAGCGUCAUAUUGAGGUUGGCGAUGCCCUUCAGAUGCUCAUCAUCACCAAGGAUGGUAUUGAGGAGACCAUACUUCCGAUGAAGAAAGAUUAA